UGGUAGGAGGAACCGGCUGUCAACUAUUUAGACCCGGGAUGGAAGAAACUCGGCAGCCUGCUCAACGUACACGGAGGAUGGACCCGCCUCGCAAUGGAAAUAUCUGCAGGCGUUUCAUAAAUGGCUCUUGUCGAUUGGGUCCAAGAUGUAAUUAUCGACACGAGCUGUCAGUUAUCCCGUCAUCCCAGAUAUGUAGGUAUUUUCAGAAAGGUGGAUGCUGGUAUGGAGAGCACUGCAAGUAUUUCCAUGUCGUUCAGCCUGAAGUUGUUACAGCUGCUGCAGGCAGAAGAGGUUCAGUGCCGGCCGUCCCUCCCUCCAGUGUUGCCUUUGCUCCACCUGACAGAAGAGGGUCAGAACCAGCUCUUGUGCAAACUGAAGAAGAUGGGCAGCAUCCCAGGCAGGAUUGCAGCAGAUCGCAGCCUGUCGUUGACGCCUCAAACUCUCAGAACGCUGGACACCUGACAGCCAAUAUUGCUGAAGAACGAUCACAAGAAACUGACUCGGAAUCAGUCCAGGGCUCCAGAGUUGCUCAAGCAGCUGCAUGCCAUGGAUCAAAGGAGGAGGAGUCUUCAUCUGUGGAUGGGGCAGCUGCUGCUGCAACUGCUGCUUCUGAUACUGAAGUAGAGGAAACAGAGGCCUACCUCCAGAGUAAAAACAUAACCUGUGGUAUCUGCAUGGACAAGGUGUAUGAAAAGCAGCAAUCAAGACUCCAGGUUUUUGGAAUCCUGCCCAACUGCAGUCACUCCUUCUGUUUAGACUGCAUCAUGACCUGGAGGAAAACGAGAGAUUUCAGGCCGGAAGUGGUAAAAAGCUGCCCACAGUGCCGGGUUAGGUCUCCCUUUUAUGUGCCUCACAAAUACUGGGUCGAAGGGCAGGCAAAGGAAAGGGUAAUUGCUGCGUUCAAAGAGAAAUUCAGUAAGAAAAACUGCAGUUACUACUCACGAUAUGGAUGCUGUCCCUUCAAAACGGAGUGUCUCUAUCACCAUGAUAAAUCUGCACAUUGUACAUCAUCUCAGCAUCCCACAGAAGAUGAUCAUGAUGAUGACGACGAUGAUGACUUCAUAGAUCUGCGUAACUUUGUCAUAGCAGUGACCCUCCUUGGUGACAACGAUGAUGUCUUUGACUUCUUUUUACUGACUGAGGAGUAUCGUUUGAAAGGGGCCCUAAAAAAAGCCCUCGGCCCCAGGAGAACACAUGGCUGUGAUUUGACCCGUGUCUCCUCUUGGAAUUAACUUUGAAAUGACCUUUGAGUGGCAUUUUUUUUCAAGGUCAGGGAUUUGGUCAUGCAACAUGGUGUGUAGGGUGAGUUCAGGUUUUAGCCAGACUACAGCAGGUAAUUUCACUGACCUUCACGACGAUAUCUGUGAAAUUAUGUGCUGUAGUCUGGCUAGAAGUGAGCUGGUGUACAUUUAGCUCUCCAUGUCACAUGGUUUAUUGACUCUGCUCUUGAUGUAAACAUUCCAGAUUGGACACUUCUUUAUUUUGUAUCCCUGAUCUUGUUGUUAACCCGUUGAGGUUUAUUUUAUGCUCCACAGCCAUAGUGCUUCAAAAUAUGUUGCAGAUUGUUAACCUGUACCAAUUUAAUGAGUGCUCCAUUUAGACUUUUUGUCCCAGUAAUUUGCACCAUUUUGAUAUUUUAAAAGUGUUAUGUGGAUGCUAGUUUUAAUUGUCUAAGGUAAGAAGUGUACUGUACCCCUGUUCUUGCUAAUGUCCACUACUGAUGAUAGCUGCCUCCUAUGAUAGACUCCCUUUUCCUAGUUUUGGCAAGAACAUAAGAUUGUAAGAUUUUAUUUCUUUUAAACAAGUUGUACUUGUACACAAAAAAUAAAACAUUGUUUCACACUAUGCCUAA